CGGACGGCCGGUCCUCAUCCUGGCACUUACCUUCAUCCUGGUAACUCACAAGUCCCCGGACCAAAAACAGGAAGUGAGCGAUGAGUUCAGCAGCAGAGGACGAGGACGCCGCCGCGUUAGAAAACGUCAAGUCGGUCACGCUGACUCAGGACAGCGAUGGAAGCAUCAUCCUGCACUGUCCUCCCAACGACGAGGACUCGGAGCCCCUCCAGAAGAAGCUGCGUCUCUCUACAGGAGAACAGGAAGAUUCAGACGCGCCUCAGUUCUCUGUCGUCACUUUACCAAUGUCGGAGAGCGAUGAAGGCUUCGAGGUGACGAUGACGGCCACAGCAGACGGCGAUCUCUCCGAGGAGGGCGUCGCUCAGAUUCAGAUUCUGCACGAGGACGAGGACGAGGACUCCCUCUCACCCAAUCAGAAGACAGAGGUGUCUCCGGUCAGUCAGGCCUGGUUCACGACCAAAGAAGACAAAGACACACUGGCAAACAAAGGUCAUAAGUGGAAACAGGGCAUGUGGUCGAAAGAGGAGAUCGACAUUCUGAUGAGCAACAUCGAUCGAUAUGUGAAGGGUCGAGGCAUUGACGAUCCAGCCGAGAUCAUUUUUGAAAUGUCCAAAGAGGAGAGGAAGGACUUUUACCGCUCCGUAGCUUUGGGGUUAAACCGUCCGCUGUUUGCCGUCUACAGACGAGUUCUACGCAUGUACGACAACCGAAACCACGUCGGCAAGUAUACUCCUGAUGAAAUAGAGAAGCUAAAAGCGCUGAGGGAGAAACACGGGAACGACUGGGCGACCAUCGGAGCGGCUCUGGGUCGCAGCGCCUCGUCUGUCAAAGACCGCUGCCGACUGAUGAAGGACACCUGCAACACAGGUAAAUGGAGUGAGGAGGAGGAGCGACGUCUCGCUGAGGUCGUGUACGAGAUGGCGGGUGUGUCGCCGGGGUCGGCGGUCACAGGGGGCGUUUCCUGGGCGACGGUGGCCGAUCAGGUCCGAACGCGCUCAGAGAAACAGUGUCGGUCGAAAUGGUUGAACUACCUGAACUGGAAACACAGCGGAGGAACGGAGUGGAUGAAGGAGGACGACCUCAACCUCAUACGCAGGAUAUCGGAGCUGGAGGUGGAGGAUGAGAAUGAGAUCAGGUGGGAGGAUCUUGCAGGCGGGUGGAGCAGCGUCCGGUCGCCUCAGUGGCUGCGAUCCAAGUGGUGGAGCAUCAAGAGACAAGUAGCCAAUCACAAGGACAUCCCCUUCAACG